CUCCUGAGUGUGUCCACAGAUGCUGAGAGACAUCACACCGUGACGGAGACCAUGACUGGGUCCGUGUGCGGAGGAGGAUGAUGUUCCUGCAGGGACUCACCUGUGGAUGGACGCCGUCAGGAUGCCUUACCUGAACAGAACUCUGCUCCUCCUCUCGCUGCUGCUGCUCCUGCUGCUGCUGCUGGGUCAGAGCCGAACCGCGGAGGCGCGCAGGCACCGACAGCGGGUGCGCAGAUGGACGGGAACCGAGGAGACCCAGAAGCACGGCGCCUCUCUGCCAAAGAAACCUCCAGAUGUGACCAAGUCCAGAAAAACCAAGACGGAGCAUCUUCUCAAAGUAGAUGAUCAUGAUUUCACCAUGAGGCCGGCGUUUGGAGGUCCUGCGAUCCCUGUUGGCGUGGACGUUCAGGUGGAGAGCUUAGACAGCAUCUCUGAAGUUGACAUGGACUUCACCAUGACGCUGUACCUCCGACACUACUGGAAGGACGAGCGCCUGUCGUUCUCCAGCAGCACAAACAAGAGCAUGACCUUCGAUGGCCGCUUGGUGAAGAAGAUCUGGGUGCCGGACGUCUUCUUCGUCCACUCCAAGAGGUCCUUCAUCCACGACACGACAACAGACAACAUUAUGCUGCGUGUUUUUCCGGACGGACAUGUCCUCUACAGUUUAAGAGUGACGGUGACGGCGGCCUGUAACAUGGACUUCAGCCGGUUUCCUCUGGACUCUCAGACCUGCUCGCUGGAGCUGGAGAGCUACGCGUACACGGACGAGGACCUGAUGCUGUACUGGAAGAGCGGCGAUGAGUCUCUGAGCACCGACGACAGGAUCUCGUUGUCCCAGUUCCUCAUCCAGAAGUUUCACACCACGUCCCGUUUGGCCUUCUACAGCAGCACGGGCUGGUACAACCGUCUCUACAUCAACUUCACGCUGCGGCGCCACAUCUUCUUCUUCCUCCUCCAGACAUAUUUCCCCGCCACUCUGAUGGUGAUGCUGUCCUGGGUCUCAUUCUGGAUCGACAGACGGGCCGUGCCGGCCCGAGUCUCGUUAGGUAUCACCACGGUGCUGACCAUGUCCACCAUCAUCACCGGGGUCAACGCCUCCAUGCCGCGGGUGUCCUACAUUAAAGCCGUGGACAUCUACCUGUGGGUUAGCUUCGUCUUUGUGUUCCUCUCUGUGUUGGAGUAUGCGGCUGUGAACUACCUGUCCACCGUCCAGGACCGCCGCGAGCGCAAGAUGAGGGAGAGGGCGCGCUCCCAGUCGCUGCCCUGCACCUGCAGCAUCUCCCAAACACGAACCAUGACCAUGCUGGACGGCACCUACAGCGAGGCGGACACCAACAGCCUGGCCGGCUACACCGAGGAGCCGAUGGUUCCCGAGGACGAACCCGAGGAGAAGCAGAAAGUUCCCGAGAAGUCAGAGCACAUGGUGGUGCACCUGUCCAUGAGCACCGAGUCCGCUGGCAUCAAGAAGAGGAAGAGCCUCCGCGCCCUCAACAUCAUCCAGAACACGCACGCCAUCGAUAAAUAUUCCCGGAUGAUUUUCCCCGGAUCGUACAUCUUCUUCAACCUCAUCUACUGGUCGGUUUACUGCUGAUUGACAGCCGGGGGUGAAUGGGUGGAAACUAAUAGCGGUGAUGAACCUGAAGGAGAUGAAGAGUUAAUAAUGUUGGUUAUCUUACACAGGAAGAACAGGGAGUACAGCAGAACCUGAGGUACUGAAAACAUCUCCAGAGUUCUGUUUCUGGGUUUCAUUUCUUUCCAACAGCAGCUUGAAUGUUCAUAAAUAUUGUACAGUAAAAGCAAGGAAACACACAAACUGUGUCGGAUGUUACUUCUUACAGUCAGUUAUGAAUGUUUGGGUUCAGGACAACUAAAAUCUGCAACUGAAGAGAUGAUUUACAGGAAAAAAGAAAAACAUCUCAGGUUUGAAAAUUAACUGGUUUUGUUCAAAUUCCAAGUUUUAAUCCAGCUGAAUGUAAAACGCUCAGAUUUGGUUUAUUGGCUUUUGUAGAAUUCAAUUUUUGAGUUGCAUGAACAUGUUGAGCUCAACCUCAGGAAAUUUUAAAGUCUCAGAUGUGAAAGACGGCAGCAGGUACGGAGCACCGGGCGGAGGUUGUCACGGUAACGUGAGUUAUUUCUGAUGGAGAGGAUGGGGAUGCUUUAUUUUGUUAGUCCUUCACAGACGAUGGUGUUUAUUACAGAAGAUAUUUAACUAGAAAAACAAACACAGCUGAAAUCAUAACCCUGAAGAGUUUUUCACUCGUCAUUAAGGAAUGGACCGCUUUCAGAGCUGAGGAGACACAAACAGUAAUACAUUUUAUUCAUUUCUGGGUAAAUGUUUUCACAGAGUACAAAGAUUUGCAGCAAUUGCGGCUUUUGCUGCUCCUUUUAAUUCUGUUUUAUAAAGCGAGUCGAUCAUCGUGUGAGCAUCGAUGGAGCCUGAACACAGAUCUGAUGGCUGAAAAGUCUUUGUCAAAUCUGGCCAAACACUUAUUGUGUUUAUUUACUGGACUAGUUUAUUCCACUAAACCUCACUGUAUUAUAAAAUAAAGUUUGUAUUUGUGUAGAUUAAAGACCUGUUGAAACAAAGUGAUUGUUUUUAAAGGUUAUAUUUGAUCAAGAAUGACUGAUGGUGGCUCAUUUAAAGAGUACGAACUGCUUCUUUAUGAGAAGAAAAAACAACGUUGGAUGAACUGCAGAGACCAGGCGACACAUCUGUAUGCAUCUGUCUGACUCUGCACCUGCUUCUGCAGCUUCACAUCAGUCUAUGGCUCAACAUCUGUCUGCAAAGGUUGUAGCAGUGUCAGAUUUUACUUUGACUACACAUCUGGUUACGUCUCUCCACAGCAGCACAGCUCUGCAGUGGAUGCUCUACAUCUAGCUGCACAUCUGGACAUCACAUCUGCCAGCUGGCAGGAGGUCUUGGUGCUUUUCCACCAAACAUGGCAGUCAAUCUAUUUUUAAACAUGAAUGUUUAGCAUUUAUCGUCACCACAGAUGAUGAAAUGUUUUUGAAUUGUCGAGAUGUGGAUGUGUCAGAGGAAACUGUUUACUGAGAUCGAAUCCUGUUGCAGACACUCAGAUCUGCAGGUGAUGAAGAGUUUUGGUUUGAUGCCCAGCUGUGUGUUUGAGUUUGUCGGUGAAAUGUUUCUACUGGUUAAAUCUGACAUAAAGAAUGUUUCUGUGUUGGUUAAGAUGUAUUAAAUAUAACUGUAAUA